AUGGGCGAAGGAGGCAAAAAAGUCAUUGAUAUCACACAAAAGUCAUCUCCUCAGAGAAAAAGAAAGGCUGAAGUCUUAUCAGAAGAUUCAAAAGUGUGUUUGAAGCUGAUCAUAGACUCGGAAAACAACAAGGUUCUCUUCGCAGAAGCAGACAAAAGGGCAGUGGAUUUCUUGGUCCAUAUCCUUACUUUGCCACUGGGGGUUAUCAUGUCUCUAACCAACGAACCAAUGAGAAAAUUAGGUUCCCUUGGAAACCUCUACGACAGCGUCGAAAAUCUAAGCGAAUCGUAUAUCCAACCCAACCAAACCAAAGACAGAAUUCUGAAGCUGAAUCCUCAAACUACUCUUGAUGAGCCCUUUAAAUCAAGUCCUUUCUUUGUUGCACAAACCCUAGCAGACCAAACCCUAACUGAAAAAGUUGCUUACCUUUGCAGUGGCAGUUGUUCCUCUAUAGAAUGUUUCAGUGAUCAACUUGGUGCUCAAUGUUUCCAAUGCAAUGGAGACAUCGAUUACGAGAUAAAAUACAUCAAGCCACCACCACAAGAUAUCGCGCCUCGGCUAGAAAACCAAUCUGGACCAGUUGCUUACGUAUGCGAUGGUGGUUGCGAUGUCAAAUGUUUCAGUGAUAAACUUGGUGCCAAAUGUUGUGAGUGCAAUGAAGCUAUGGAUUACCAGUUAAAGUACAUCGUGCCGCCCAAAGAAAAGAAAUCGAAAGAUGAGGAGGAAGGUGGAUUUGUAAGUGGAGCUGUCAAGUAUAUGGUAAUGGAUGAUCUUACAAUGAAUCCAAUGUCUGCUCUUGCUGUACUGAAAGCUGGGAUGAAUGCUGGAAACCCGGAGGAGAAAGUGGUGGAUAUAGGCACCGAUGAGGAAGGAUUUGUAAAGGGAGCAGUCACGUAUAUGGUUAUGGAUGACCUGACAGUGAAGCCAGUUUCUACAGUCGAUUUGCUGAAAGGGUUAGAUGGGAGGGAUGCGGAAACCCUUGAAGAGAAAGUGGUUGAUAUUGGCCAGGAAGAGGCGAUGAAGUUGCUGAGCACAAUCCUGGUGUCAAAAACAGUUCUCACCGAUGUUUUCUUGAGUAAUAUAGGAUCUAAACCCGAGGUGAAGACUGAAACCGAGAUUUCCGUGAAGAAAAUCCCUAUGAAAAGGGUUGCUAAAGACCUUAAAAGGCCUAAGAGGCCUGCUAGUGCUUUCUUCGUCUUUAUGGACGAAUUUAGGAAGAUAUACAAGGAGAAUAACCCCAACAACGCAUCAGCUAAUGCUACGGGUAGAGCUGGUGGAUACAAGUGGAAGUCGAUGUCCGAUGAAGAGAAAGCUCCUUAUCAAGCCAUAUCUGACCAGAUGAAAGUCGAUUAUCAGAACGAGCUUGCGGCAUACAACAAGUGGCUGGCUGAAGGUCUUAGCCCUAAAAACGAAGAGUUAGACAACUCAUGGACCGAAGUUAAUGUUAGAGAAAUACAAUGA